AUGAGUACUGGUUGGAAUUUUAAUUUUAAAAAAAAAAAUGGAAGAAGAAAAAAAGGUGAGUUAAAAUACGUCCAGAUCCUUGGUAGAAGUGGCAUAAGAACUUUGAAAAAUGAAAGUGUUAUAUUUGAAAAAGGUUUGAAUUGUGGACCUGCAGGAAGAAAUGCAUUAAUUCGAUGGAUAGAAUAUAACUAUAAAAUGAAAAACGAUGAAGAGAACAGUUACCCUGCUGUUAAUGCUUGCAAAAUAUGGCAAAAAACACAAUCAUUUCAAGAUAUUGUAUUAUCAGGAUUGGUAGACUUUUUAAAAUUUUUAAACGUUCCAAAACAUGUAACAUAUAAAAAUGUUUUUGAUAAUUAUCUAUCCCCAAAUUUUAUAAACAAAAUUAAUUCUAUUGCAAAUUCGCAAAGGAGUUUAAUAAAAUUGGCUAUUAAAAUGACCCCCAUGUUCCAAGUUAGAGAAAUCCAACCGUUAUUUUCUAUUUUAUUAGAAAAGAUAAAUGUAAUACCUAUAAAGAUAUUAAACAUAUUAGUAGAGGAUACACCCGCUUCUCAGUACUUCUAUCAGAUAACAUGUCUAAAUGUAAAAAGGAAAAUUUGGGUCAUGUGGCCACAAAAAUUUUAUGAAGAAAUUGAAGAGUUCAUAGAAGAAAUUAUUAUUCAUAUGAAAUUAAAUGAUAAUCAUGAACACAUAAAUCAUUUAAUAAAUAAAAUUAUAGAUUUUAUUGGAGAUGGUAUAGAAAAAUAUUACUUAUAUAAUUUAUGUAUACAUAUUAUCAGAUUGAAAUCUGUAAAUACCAUAUUGAAUCAUAAUGAAUACCUUUCAUCUAAUCAUUAUAAUGAUACUCUUAAAUAUGAUGAAUACCAUAAUAUUACCAUGCAAAAUCAAACUAAUGAUAUAAACAAAAUUGGAAACAAUAUUGAUAUAUAUAAUAAUAUAAUUAUAAAUGAUAAGAAAAAUAAAGAAGAAAAUAAAAAUUAUCUAAAGUUAAAUUUAAAUUUUAGCAAUAUAUCAGAACAUGAAGAUUUAGAAGAAAAACUUAUCAAAUUACAAUCAUGCUUUGAUAAUAUCAUGAGUAAAAAUAAUAACAACAACAACAACAACAACAAUAAUAAUAAUAAUAAUAAUAAUAAUAAUAAUAAUAAAGAAAGUGAUGAUCAGAAGGAUAUGCUAUACACUAAAAUAAACACACUAUAUUAUUUACAACUUCAAGAAUAUUACCACAAUAGUACUUCAUUUAAAUAUUUAAAGAAAAGAAAAAAUCAAAAAUACGCAAAUGAUAUAAAUAUAAUAAAUAAUGAAUCGAUAUUACUAAAUAAAUCAGAAAGGGAGACUGAUCCUAUGCGUGUUAUUAAUAAUUCUGAGUAUAUUCAUAAAGAGGAAAAAAAAAUAUGUAAGAGAAUUUUAUAUCAAAAUAAGGAUGACAACUGCGUUAAAAAAAUAAAAUGUAAUGUGAAUCAUAAAGAUGAAGAUAAUGAGUUAGGAAACGAAACAUAUAUUGAAAGAAAUAAAUUUGAUGAUCAAAAAAAGGAUGUCCUUUCUAAGGAUAAUGAAAAUGUAAAAGGGGAAAACCUUCAAAAUAUUACAAAUAAAAAUAAUAAUUAUAUUAAUAAUAAUAAUAAUAAUAAAAUAAGUGAUAGUAAUAUGUGUCAUGACAAUAUUGAAGAUGCAAAAGAGAAAAUUCAAGAUAGAAAUAAAAUUAAAACUAAUAACAAUACAUAUUAUGAUAAAAAAAACUAUUUACCAUUUGAUAAUAUGUUCUAUAGUAAAUUACGCCUACUUUUAUGCCUACAAUAUAAAGAAAAAUUUAAUGUUGUUGAUAAUGAAAUGAUAAGGAUAGACAAAUAUUUUUAUUUUAUGGAGUUUAUUAAUAAUAUUAUUAAAGAUGGAAUAGUAAAUUUUAUAGAUGAAUUUAAAACAAAAGAAAUAAUAAAAAAAAUGCAAUAUAAUUUUAAAAUUACAAAUAUUGAUGAUCUAUAUGAAUAUUCUUUAUUACUCAAUAAUAUACAAUUGAAAUUUUCUAUUAUUGAAGGAAUAUGUUUUAAUUUUCAUAAAAAUAAUUUUGAUAUGAUCACACAAAAAUGUAAUAUACAAUUUUGGAUCUCCUUGUUUUAUUUCGGCAUUUACAAUAAUUUCUUCUCAUUAAUUAAAUACGCUAUUGAUAAAAGUGAAUCCAUCGAUACAAAAAAGAAAGAUAUAAAAAAUGAUCAGAAUGAUAGACAAAUAAUUAGAGAGGAAAUGGACUCAGGUGUAAAUGGACAUGUUCAUAAGAAGGAAAUACAAACAGAGGAAGAAAAAGAUAAUUGUGAAAUUAAAGACAAUGGUGAUAAGGAUGUAAGGAUACAAAAUGAUAGUAAUAAAGCACAGGAGGAAGAGCACCAUAAAUACACUGAUAAGAAAGAAAUUGAAACAGAUAACCAUUUGAAUCAUUAUCAAGAUGAAAAAGAUAUUCAACAUUUACAUAUAUAUGAAUAUUAUGAAAAUGGUCAAUAUUAUCAAAAUUAUGAUGAUGGUAUGAAAUUCUUUGAUGAGAAGAAGGAACCUGAUAAAAAAAAUAAAAAUGAAGAGGAAGAUGAAGAACAGGAAAAAGAAGAAAAAGAAGAAAAAGAAGAAGACGAUGAAGAAGAUGAUGAAGAAGAUGAUGAUAAUGAUGAAGAAGAUGAUGAUGAAGAUGAUGAUGACGAUUAUGAUGACGAUGACGAUGAUGAUGAAGAUGAUGAUAAUGAUAAUGAUGAUGAAGAUGAUGAUUAUGAUGAUGAUAGUGAUAAUUAUGUUGAUGAUUAUAAUAAAAAAUAUCAUGGAUUUCCUAAGAAUUAUCCACAUCAUUCAAUUUAUAGUGAUUAUAAUGAAAGAAAUAAUUAUUAUGAAGAUCAAAAAAAUGAUGGCACAUGGACAAAUCAAAAUAAUGCAAGUAUAAAUGAAAAUGAUUCUUAUGAAGAUCAUUCACAUGAUGAAAAAGAACAGUAUAUAUAUAAUAAAGAAUUAUAUGAAAGAAUAAAAAAAAAGAAAUUAAAAAAUAACAAAGAAAAUAUGAAUAAAAAGAGUUAUUAUAAAAAAAAAUUAAAGGAAGAAUAUAUGGAGAAUAAAAAAAACAGGAACAAUAAUAAUAAAAAUAAUUAUAAUAAUAUUGAUGAUAUAAAAAAUGAUAAGUAUAAAUUAUUUUUUAAUUUUUGUAAGGAUAGUUAUUUGAAAAUUCCGAUAAUAAAUAUACUAAGAUAUAUAGUAAUAUCAAAUGAUAUGUCAAAUGAAUUUUUUUCAUUUUUUGACUUUUUUAAAGAAGAUGAUAUAGAAGAAUUAAAAUCGAUAAAAGAAAAAAAUAGUGUAUUAUUAUUAUCCUCGUUGUUAAAUAUACCACAACUUGAUUAUAUAAAAGUAAAAAAUUUUCUUUCUAUUAUUGAAGAAUUUUUUUACCUUGAGAAAAAAAAAAAUUCAAAAAGUUUACAGACUGAUAAUAAUAAUAAUAUGAGAGACAAUUUUCAUAAUAGAUAUUCAACAGAAAUUAUUAAUGUGGAAGAAGGGAAAAAAUAUGUAUUGAAGGAAAUGUGUUUGGAUAAAAAUAAUUUAAGGGACAUUCAAAUAUCAGGCGAAGAUUUAGAAUAUAGUGAUAAUAACAAUAUGGAUAGUGCUUAUGAUAGUGACAUUAAUAGUAAUAAAUUUAAUAGUAAUAAUAAUAGACAACAACAAAAAAUAUAUAGCAAUAAUAGUAAUAAUAGUAAUAAUAAUAAUAAUUAUAUUGAUAGUAAUAAUGUUCGAAAUAAGAUGGACAUAAAUAAUAAAGAUAUUAUUAAUCAAAAUAAUAUUAGAGAAUCUUUUCCAUAUUAUGAUAAUAUGAACCUAGAAUCUGAUAAGGAAAGAAUGUUUAAUGAAUACAAAGAAGAAAGUAUGAAAAAUAUAGAUUAUGAAAAUAUGGAUAAUUUAAAUAAUAAAUAUAUGUUCGACAAAUUAGGAAGAAAGUUGAUAAAUACUAUAUACAAUAUGAAUAAAGAAAUUAGUGAUAAUAAAUUUUUAAUUAAUAAUAAUAUAUGUUCAAUAUAUAUAUUUUUGAAUAAUUGUUUUAAAAAAAAAAAUAUACAAAAACCAAAUAAUAUUUCUUUUUUGGAUAAAGAUAAAAAUAUACAUAAUUAUUUUUAUGAAAAUUCGACUUUUUAUAUGUCAAAAGAUAUAAACGAAAAGUUAUAUAAUUGUAAUAAUAAUGUUAAGAAAUAUUUUCCUUAUAUUUUAAAAAGUGCCUUUUUUAUUUUUAAUAUUUUAAAAAAAAAAAGAUUAAUACAUAUUUAUAUAAAAUAUAUGUAUUUAUAUGAAUAUCUUUACCAUAUGAUAUUAAAUAGAAUAUUAUAUAUCAGUACUGUAAAAUUCUAUCCUUUUCUACAAAAUAUUAUUUUAAAAGAAUUAAAUUAUUAUUUCCAGGAUUUCAAAAAUGUAACAAUAAAAAAUUUUUGGAAAUUUUAUUUAUAUGCACACACAUUAAUUGAUAUCAAUAAUUCAAAAUUUUAUUUAACAAAUAAAUUAUUUCAUAAUAAUGCAAUUCAAUAUUUUAUAAAGCUUUUCUAUUAUCUCUCAUUUUAUAACCCUAUCUUUUCCAUCCUUUUUCUAAACCUCCUAAGGACACCCUUGUUUCAUAAAAAUAUUGAAAAUAAAAGAUUGGAAAUUUUACAAAAUAUAUGGAAUGGAGCACAUGAAAGAUAUUUUUUAUUUUUGUCUAAAAGAAAAAUAUAUUCCAUUGAGUAUAAAAUAUGGCUAGAUGAAUACAAUAAAUGUUCCGAAAAAUAA